CCGACGUUUUUUCAACAGCCAAAAAAAAAAGUCUGUGACUUCGACGGUCCGACGGACUACUUGUUCACGCAGCACGCCAAAGGAAGACUCUUCUGUUUCUUCAUUUGAAACCCAACUUCCAUCACACCUUCCUCCACAAUUUGUUCUGCAAAAUCCGCCACAAAAAACCUCUCUUCCCUAUCAGAAACCCACCGAAUUCCCCGCAAAUUCCUCGAUGGCGAAAACUGGGUUGUUUAAUCUCGAGCGUCACUUCGCCUUCUACGGCGCUUACCACAGCAACCCGAUCAACAUAGCCAUACACACGCUCUUUGUCUGGCCUAUUUUCCUCACAGCUAUUCUCAUCCUCUACUUCACUCCCUCUCUGUUCAACCUCCCUCCGAUCGAGGUUUCCUUACCCGGGAACAGCAACCUUGUUCUGAUUCUGAACCUUGGGUUCUUGGGUACCUUGCUCUACGCCGUGUUUUACGUCUGUUUGGAUGCGAGAGCUGGUUCUUUGGCUGCUUUGUUGUGUUUCGUUUGUUGGGUCGUUAGCAGUUACCUUGCGAACCUAAUGGGGUUUUCACUGGCUUGGAAGGUUGUUCUGGCAGCUCAGCUGGUAUGUUGGACAGGGCAAUUCAUUGGCCAUGGGGUAUUUGAGAAACGUGCACCAGCGCUCCUCGACAAUCUCUCUCAAGCCCUUCUGAUGGCUCCCUUCUUUGUUCUGUUGGAGGUCAUUAGUGAACAAAAUUUUCAAUUAUUUGUUUAUUUUUUCUCUUGUUGGGUAACUAAAGAUAGGUAUAUUGCUACUGUUGGUUUUUGUAGGCUCUACAAACCAUUUUUGGUUACGAACCAUACCCAGGGUUCCACGUUACAGUUCAAGCAGAGGUAGAAGCUGAAAUUAAUGAAUGGAAAGAUAAGAAGCAGAAACUAGUUUCUUAAGUGUGUGCUGGUGCAUGUGUCGCAUUACUCUGGAACAAGUACAAAAACAUACUAUGCAUAUUCUGAUGUACGAAUUCCAUGAAAUUUAUAAAUUUCCAAACCAGCCAUGUCAUAGCAGACUUGCCAAUAAACACAAAUAGCUUGAGUUGUAAAAAAGGUGACUUCUCUUUUCAAUGGUGUUCUGAGUCGGAAUUGUCAUC